GCUAUCGGGAUUUUUUCUCUUUUCUAAAACCUGUUUUCAGCUGAAAUUUAUUUUUUAAGUAAACGGGCGUUUAGUGAGGGCAACCCAUUCGGGUCCUUGGGCGCGGCCGCUGAGACCGGCGGGAGAAGGGGCGGGAACAGCCUCAUUUUCUCCCCCAGAGCGCUGAUUGGCUUCGGUGCGCCGGGAGGUCCCGCCCUUCCCCGGUGGCCUGAGGGCGGGAGGGAGCGAGCUCGCACCUCGCUCCGAUUGGCUGACGCGCAGAAGAUGGGCGGGGCUUCCCGGUCUGAUUUGUCCCCGCGCGGGGGCGGGGCGCGGGAAGGGAAACAUUUUCCCGGGAAAGCCUCACGUGGCGCCGCCGCCCCGGGUCCCAGCGCCACCGGGAGCGGCCCGGCCAUGAGCCACCUGCGGGCAGCCGCUGCCAGGGGGCUCCGGCGCAGCGGCGGGACGGCGGCGCGGCCCGCGGGGCAGAGCAGGAAGGGCGCGUCGCCCCGCGGAGGUGCUCGGGACCUCAGCUCCGGUGCCCGCUCCGCCGCCCGCCCAGCACCUCUUCAGCGACCCGUCCGAGAUCGACACCUUGCGCGGGAACCUGCUGGCUUGGUACGACAAGAGCAAGCGGGACCUUCCCUGGAGGACGCUGUGCAUGGAAGUGGAAGAGGGUGUUGGAAAUGGGAGUGUGCGCCCAGCUGGUCCUGGCAGUUCCGUGGUGUGUGGUCUGUAGCCAGUCCCUCCGUACGAAGAAUAAAGCGGGACGCAGGGUGAAACUGCACCUCUCAAACACAGCAUCCGAGCCUGAGCACUUUUCCCUGGCAGCAACUGAGCCGGAUGCCGACAGACGGGCGUACGCAGUGUGGGUGUCCGAGAUCAUGCUCCAGCAGACACAGGUAGCUACAGUGAUCGACUACUACAACCGCUGGAUGCAGAAGUGGCCGACGCUGCAGGCUCUGGCUCAGGCGUCCCUGGAGGAGGUGAACGAGCUGUGGGCAGGACUCGGCUACUACUCGAGGGGGAAGCGUCUGCAGGAGGCAGCGAGGAAGGUGCCCUGGUGCUGGGGUGUGGGGGCAUUUCUGGAUCCCUCUGCAGCCUGUGGGUCGGUGCUGGCCCCCGUCUGCCUUGCCUCGCUGGGGCUGUGUGCUGCUGCCACAAGGGUGGUGACCGAGCUGGGGGGACAGAUGCCCAGGACAGCUGAGGAGCUGCAGAAGCUGCUGCCGGGAGUGGGCAGAUACACAGCAGGAGCCAUCGCGUCCAUCUCCUAUGGGCAGGCUACCGGUGUCGUGGAUGGGAAUGUGAUCCGGGUCCUGUGCCGCCUGCGGUGCAUCGGUGCCGACUCCAGCAGCCCGGCCGUCAUCGACCGGCUCUGGGAUAUGGCCAAUGCCCUGGUAGACAGGAGCCGCCCAGGGGAUUUUAACCAAGCCCUGAUGGAGCUGGGGGCAACGGUGUGCGUGCCCAAGGCCCCGCUGUGUGGGGAGUGCCCUGUGAGGCAGCACUGCCGAGCACGGCGCAGGGUGGAGAAGGAGCUGGCCUUUGCCUCUCAGAAGCUGUUUGGAAAACCUGCCCCAGUACCUGAUGUUGAGGAUUGUGGUUUUGGAGACUGUCCCUUGUGCCCACCAGCCACAGAGCCGUGGGACAGCAGCCUGGGGGUGACCAACUUCCCCCGGAAAGCAGCGAAGAAGCAGCCGCGGGUGGCACGAACAGCCACAUGUGUGCUGGAGCGGAGGGGCUGCCACGGCGCCCUGGAAUACCUCAUUGUGCAGAGACCCAGCUCAGGUCUCCUGGCCGGGCUCUGGGAGUUCCCCAGCCUGGCGCUGGCUCAGGGUCUGCAGGAGGAGCAGCAGAGGGAGGUGCUGGCAGAUCACCUCCAGGCCUGCACGGGGCGGCCUGUGGCAGCUGGAGACCUGCGGCUUAUCGGAGAGGUCAUCCACGUCUUCUCUCACAUCCACCAGACGUAUGUGGUCUACUCCCUGCCCCUAGAUGGGGAUGUGACCCUGGACCCUGCCUUAUCCCCAUCCCGCUGGGUGACAGAGGAGGAGUUCCACACCUCAGCCGUGUCCACAGCCAUGAAGAAGGUGCUGAAAGCAUGUGAGAAACAGCAUGGGAAGGAUAGCGACCAUGGCAAGGUGGGCAUCGCUGGAGGGUGCACAGCCCCAGGAGCUGCCCCACGUUGCUGUGGGCCCUGGUGUGCAGUGCUGGAGACCCAUGGGCUUUGGGGUCAGGCCGUGGACCAUCCCAAGCCUGGGACAGGGCUGAGUCUGGGUGGCUUUGCCCUUGUAUGUCCCCAAUACCAGGCCUCCAAGCGGAAGCGGGGGGCAAAGCCGCAGGGAGCAAGCAGCACCCGCCCCGGGACACAACUCUCCCUCCGUGCCUUCCUCCAGGCACCCACGUCCCUGUGACAGCUCCUUCCACAGCCGAGACCACCAGGGACCUGGGCUGUGGAGUCCACUGGCUCCCUCGUGGGACUUGCGCCUUAAGGUGGCAACUGCAGUCCUGGACGUGACCUGGAGCCAGGCUUGUCCUCCCUGCUCGGCUGGAGCCCUCCCGAGGUGAUUUGGUUGAUGUAGUCACCGCUCUGGCGCUGCAGACCUGGCAGCAGGGGUUUCUCUCCAGCGGCUGUGGCUGCAUCGGUCCCACAGCCCUGUCCCCAGCUGCCCGCAUGCCCUGGCCUGUGCUUGUCGCCCGGCCAGUGGCUGCGGAUACUGCUGUACCCUCCUGGCCUGCAACAGCCCUUUUUAUCCACUUCUUUUUACUGAACCUGAGCCACAGGCUUUCUAAUAAUAAAUCUCCUAAAGUGUG